AUGCAGUGGUUCGAUCGAAUUCGCGCGAUGCCAAUCUAUGCGACACUUCUCGUCGUGCUCAUUUUGGUGGCGUCGAGACCCGCCGACGCGAGCAUCCGACUGUGCGGGCAGCGUCUCACGACGACGCUGCUCGCCGUGUGCCGAAAUCAGAUUUGCGGUGGCGCGUUCAAACGAGCAAUGUACGAGGAGAGCUCGCCGUGGAAGCCGGCGAUCGAAACGCGCCAACUAUUCGGGCUGCAUCAUCAGCAGAAGCGCGGUGGGAUCGCGACCGAGUGCUGCGAGAAGCGGUGCUCGUUCUCCUAUCUCAAAACGUAUUGCUGCAACAGUCGAGGCUAG